AUGGAGGACUGUAAUGCUGUCUCAAAUCCUAUAGUUCCUGGUUUUAAAAUUUCGAAAGAUGAGCAUGGAGUUGCGAUUGACAACACUUUUUACAAACAAAUGGUUGGAAGUUUGAUUUAUCUAAUAUCGACUCGUCCAGAUUUGAUGUAUGCAGUAAGCUUAGUUAGUAGGUACAUGUUUCAACCUAUAAAGCUUCAUCUCAUGGCUGCAAAAAGGGUGUUAAGGUAUGUAAAAAGAACUACUAAUCUUGGCAUCUUAUAUCAAAGGAAGGCAAGUGGCAUGUUGACUGCCUAUACUAACACUGACUAUGCUAGAUGUUUGAAAGAUAGGAAAAGUACUACAGGAUAUGUGUUUUUAAUGAGUUCAGAGGCAGUAGGUUGGACAUCUAGAAAACAGCCAAUUGUGACGUUAUCAACAAAGGACGCGGAAUAUGUAGCCGCAGCAACAUGUGCCUGUCAAGCGAUGUGGAUGAAGAUGGUUCUUAAAAGACUUGGCUGCAGCGAAGAAUGCACAACUAUUUUCUGUGACAACAGUUCCACAAUAAAGCUGUCCAAAAACCCAGUAAUGCACAAGAGGAGUAAGCAUAUUGCAAUUCGAUUCCAUUUCCUAAGGGAUUUGUAUAAUGAAGGUGCAGUCCUUUUAGUUCAUUGUGGUUCACAAGAUCAAGUUGCGGAUAUUCUAACUAAGCCUCUCAAGCUAGAACAAUUUCAGAAGCUUAGAGAUUUACUUGGAGUAUGUGAAAUGCCAUAA